AUGAGUCGCCACUACAUGAAGUUGUUAAAAGAGCCAGACCGCGUAGCCAAGACAGUUCAACAACAUGGUCAAUUGCGCUUAAUCUUUCUUCAACAUAACAAUCCUGCAGUGAAAGAACAUGCAUGUAAACUUAUUGAAAUUCUGGUUCAAGCUGAAUUCCUAAAAGCUACAGCAGGUGGAACAACCCCAUUAGAUCCUGAACAUGAAUAUGAGAUUAAUAAAAUUGAAAGAAGACUAAAACUACCUCUCACUGAUCAUCAAGUUAAAACUAUUCAUGAUUUAGCGAUACAAAUAACUCAAGCAUCGAUAAAAUUGCACGCUAGUCUUACAGGAAUUGGUUACAAUGUUGAUCAGACCCUAGGGACAGAUAAACAGGUUUUUAGCAUAAUGGGACCUCAUCGUGAUCAUUACUAUGGUGACAUAUUUGUUAUCUUUAAACUUGAAAUAAUGCUUCAUCCCGAUGCUAAUUUUUCUGUCCAGGCAGCAACUACUUUUGGUCCUAGCUUAAGUGCUUACACACAUCGUUCGUGGUUAAAAAAUCCGAAUAAUGACGGGAAAUGCACCGAGCAAUUCCAUAGUUCCAAACUACAUUGUUCUGUUCCGCAUUAUGAAUAUGCAGCAGCUAGAGAACUAGUUGCUUUAACUGGUAAAGACAAACAAACGAUGGAUGCACGUUGA